UCAUUAUUUACAGCAAAGCAGAAGUGGCACAUCACCGACUUUAUAGCAGCUGACCCAAAGCAUCAAGAGCAAAACCAUCCCAACAUUUACAGAACUACUGAAUGAUGAGUGCUGCUCAAACACUGGUGUCCAGACUGGAGGCCCUGCAGUGCCACUUCACCUGGGAUCUUGGCCUCAGCAGGUCCUUACUUUUUCGUUGUAGGGACAACCUGGAGGACAUUGGCACUGAGAAUGGAAACCCCUGGCUGGGUCACAUCUACAACCUGCAAGGGUUCAUUCAGUACAGGCUGGGCUUCAAUGAAGACGCCCAAAGUUUCUUCAACAAGGCUACAGAGGCCUUCAAUAACAUGAGAAACGCAGAUGAGGGCCCCUGGUUAGUGGUGAACUACGGGAACCUGGCUUGGCUGCACCACCACUUGGGAGACCAAGCAGAGAGCGAGGCCUACCUGUCUAAGGUCGACGCCCUGAAUAAAAAAUACCCAUCUCCAUCCCAGGAGGAGCACCACCCAGAGACCUACGCUGAAAAAGCUUAUACGCUAUUAGCAUUGAAGGGAGACAUAAACCUUGUUGCAGAUUACUUCCAGAGAGCCAUCGAGAUGCAGCCGGACAUGGUGGAGUGGAACACUAGCCAUGCCUUAGCUUUAAUGUAUGCUUCUAAGCACAGCAGCACAGGGCUGGAAGAUGACAUCUUUGAGAAAAUGAGAAUUGCCCAAGAACAGGAUCCAGAGAACUUGUACUUUGCUGUUCAGUACCUUGAGCAACGUGCUAAGAGAGGAGAAAGAAUAGAAGAUGAAGCAUGUGAGUUAGCCAGAGAGGUUAUGAGAAGUCCUGUCAGCAGCUACACUGGUUUUAAAACAUUGCUGAGGAUUUUCAGAAAAUAUAUAUCUGUUGAUGAGUCCAUUGAUUUGGCAGAGGAGGCUCUGAAGAACCAUCCAGAUGAGCGUUAUCUGAAGAGAUGCGCUGCUCUCCACUAUGGAGGGAGGCUCAUUUUCAGUGACAGUCCCCCAAAGAAAAGCAUGCUAGACAGAGCAGUCAGUCUCCAUCAGGAGGUGAUUGAUCUUUACCCUGAUUCCUCACUCAUGAGGAAAAUAGACCUUGCUAAGAUAUACGCACUCUCACAUGAUGGUCAGGCUAAAGCUGAACAGAUUUAUCAGGAACUGCUAGAAAGGGAUCUGGAACUUGAAGAAAAACAAAUGCUUUACAACAAGUAUGCAAAAUAUUUAAAUUUCGAAAAACAGGAUGGCAACAUGUCAAUACGAUAUCACAUGAAGGCGGCAAAGAUACCGCAACAAUCGUUCUUUCGUAAGAACAGCAUAAAAGUUCUGGAGAAGAUCAGGGACAGACGCAGGGACAGCAUGUGCGGAGAAAUAAUUGAUUUUCUGGCAAAGCUGCAAGAGACGUAGUAUUUUUAACAGCAAUGGUUUGAAAUCCAGGAAAAAUAUUGCUUUCGCAACAAAUUAUUUUGCUAAAGCAAUAUUAGUAAAAUAAUCUGUGAAAAAAAAAAAAUGUGAACAUAAAAAAGUGAAAUAAACAUCACUCUUUCUCUCAACUCUCUUUUUAUGAACUUCGUGAUGUAAAACAAACAAAAAAAGGACUUCAAACUACAGUAAGAGUUCACAUUGUUUAACUUAGAAUAAAGCACACUGAAGAUAUACAGGUAUACAGUAAAUACAAUUAUUUCUGAAUUUCAGAUACUAUGUUAAAUAGUGAUAAAACGUGAACAGUGUCAUGUGACUCCAAUCUGUUAUGUUCAUCUGCUAACGAUCAUGUGAUAGGACUGAACGCUCCAGAAUACUGAAUUGACCCUGAUGUGAGAUUUUUUUGUUUGUAUUCUUUCCAAAGCGGAAAAUGAUUUUAUUUUGUAUUUUCAACUUUUAGCUAAAUAUGUAAUGUAGAUCUGAAAAUGUAAUUUCUAUGAAAAGCUCCAGUCAAACUCUAUGUGCUGAUGAAAAUGAUGUGAUACAUAACACUACUGUAAAGACUCUGUGGUGAGAGUCUUUUGAAUCAGACUAAAAAAUAUCAUAUACCAGUAAGUACUAAAAACUGUGACAGUUUGAACAGAUUUGUAAACAGAAUGGCUUUUUCUGUGAAAUCCUAGUUCCUGAUUCAAAUGAGGUCAAACGUAUAUUUCUAGGAAAAUUCAUCAUCAGCUUGUAUUUAGACAACAUUCAGUAACUUUGGCUUUGGUAGAAAGAAAUAAUUGAAAAACUUUGAACUCCGAGCACCACUUUUUAUUUGACUUUUGGGCUUUUGUUUGACAACUUUUAUUUAAAAGCUCUCUUCCAUAUACUAUGCACUAUAUCACUUUUUGGUAUAUUUUAACCAAUUUGUGUAAAAGA